GUAUUUGGGCAGAGGGAGAGAGAAUCUUAAGCAGACUUCACAUUGAGCACGGAGCCUGAUGCGGCACUUGAUUGCAUGACCCUGAGAUCGUGACCCAUGAGAUCAUGACCUGAGCCAAAACCAAGAGUCAGAUUCUUAACUGCCUGAGUCACCCGAGUGCCCCUGCUGAAUACAACCUCUUCAAGGAGCCACUGAAGUUGUUUCCUUUAGAAAGGCGCUCUCUCGUGGAGUGACUUGCUUGGUCUUCAUGCAGUCAUGGAUAUGGAUAAACCAUCUGUCUGGGGCUCUUUGAAACAGCGGACCAGGCCUUUGUUAAUCAACCUGAGCAAGAAGAGAGUGAAAAAGAACCCAAACAAACCCCUAGACCUAAGGGCAAGGCGUUCCCUGGACCGCCGCCUCAGCCUCUCUGUCCCUGACCUCCUGGAGGCUGAGGCCUUGGCCCCAGAAGGGAGGCCUUACUCUGGGCCCCAGUCAUCCUACACCUCGGUGCCCAGCAGCCUGUCGACGGCAGGGAUCUUUCCCAAGAGCAGCAGUAGCUCCUUGAAACAGUCUGAAGAAGAAUUGGAUUGGAGCCAGGAAGAAGCAGGCCACCUCCAUGUGGUGGAAACAGACUCCGAGGAGGCCUAUGCCUCUCCUGCCGAGGACAGGAGGCCUUCCAGCAAUGGCAUCUUGGAUCUGCUCCAGAAAUCUCCCAUUGGAGAGGAUGCACUGGAAGAGCCAGAGAAGCUAUGUGGAAGUGGUGAUCUGAACGCUUCUCUGACCUCCCAACAAUUUGAAGAACAAUCUAUGUUUGGGGAAGCUGGCGAUGGCCUGAGUAACCUGCCCAGUCCUUUUGCCUACCUCCUCACCAUCCACCUGAAGGAAGGCCGGAACCUGGUCAUCCGAGACCGCUGUGGCACAAGUGAUCCCUAUGUGAAAUUUAAGCUGGAUGGGAAGACACUGUACAAAAGUAAAGUCAUAUAUAAGAACCUGAACCCAGUUUGGGAUGAGAUAGUUGUACUUCCGAUUCAAAGCCUUGAUCAAAAGCUCCAUGUGAAGGUAUACGAUCGAGAUUUAACUACCUCUGAUUUCAUGGGCUCUGCAUUCGUCAUUCUCAGAGACCUUGAGCUUAACAGAACGACUGAACAUAUUUUAAAAUUGGAAGACCCAAACAGUUUAGAAGAAGACAUGGGGGUGAUUGUAUUAAAUUUGAGCCUCGUAGUAAAACAGGGUGAUUUCAAGAGACAUCGUUGGUCAAAUCGGAAGCGGUUGAGUACCAGCAAGUCCUCUUUGAUACGUAACCUGCGGCUCUCAGAGUCUUUGAAAAAGAACCAACUCUGGAACGGGAUUAUAAGUAUAACGUUGUUGGAAGGGAAGAAUGUCUCAGGAGGAAGCAUGACAGAGAUGUUUGUCCAGUUAAAACUGGGAGAUCAGAGGUAUAAAAGUAAGACACUGUGUAAGAGUGCAAAUCCGCAGUGGCGGGAACAGUUUGACUUUCACUACUUCUCUGACAGGAUGGGCAUUUUGGACAUUGAAGUAUGGGGAAAGGACAGCAGAAAGCACGAGGAGCGUCUGGGCACAUGCAAAGUGGAUAUCGCGGCCCUGCCGCUCAAGCAAGCCAACUGCUUGGAGCUGCCGCUGGAGAGCUGCCUGGGGGCUCUCCUGAUGUUGAUCACACUCACUCCCUGUGCCGGAGUCUCGGUCUCAGAUCUGUGUGUGUGCCCCUUGGCAGACCCCGGCGAAAGAAAGCAGAUUGCCCAGCGAUAUUGCUUACAGAAUUCCCUGAAAGAUAUGAAGGACAUCGGCAUUUUACAAGUGAAGGUUUUAAAGGCGGUAGAUCUCUUAGCCGCAGAUUUCUCAGGGAAGAGUGAUCCUUUUUGCUUGUUGGAGUUAGGCAAUGACCGACUUCAGACACACACCAUUUACAAAAACCUCAACCCCGAGUGGAACAAAGUUUUUACAUUUCCUAUUAAAGAUAUCCACGAUGUUUUGGAAGUGACAGUGUUUGAUGAAGAUGGAGAUAAACCUCCUGAUUUUCUUGGAAAAGUUGCCAUUCCCUUGCUGUCCAUUCGAGAUGGACAACCAAAUUGCUACGUGUUGAAGAAUAAAGAUUUAGAACAAGCUUUUAAAGGAGCUAUUUACUUGGAGAUGGAUCUCAUAUAUAAUCCGGUCAAAGCAAGUAUUAGGACCUUUACUCCCAGAGAAAAGCGCUUUGUUGAAGAUACCCGCAAGCUAUCCAAGAAGAUCUUAUCAAGGGAUAUAGACCGUGUGAAAAGAAUCACCAUGGCAAUGUGGAAUACAAUACAGUUCCUUAAAAGCUGCUUCCAGUGGGAAUCCACGUUGAGAAGUGCCAUUGCGUUCGUGGUAUUUUUAGUCACUGUCUGGAAUUUCGAACUGUAUAUGGUCCCCCUGGCGUUGUUGUUACUCUUCAUCUACAAUUUCAUCACACCCACAAAAGGGAAGGUUGGCAGCAUCCAGGACAGCCAGGAGACCACAGACUUAGAGGAAGAGGACGAUGAAGAUGACAAGGAAUCCGAGAAAAAGGGGUUAAUUGAAAGAAUCUAUAUGGUACAAGAUAUUGUUUCAACCGUUCAAAACAUCUUGGAGGAAAUAGCUUCUUUUGGAGAAAGAAUUAAAAACACGUUUAACUGGACGGUCCCGUUCCUCUCGUUCCUGGCGUGUCUGAUCCUGGCAGUGGCCACCAUCACUUUGUAUUUUAUUCCACUCCGAUACAUCAUUUUAAUCUGGGGCAUAAAUAAAUUUACAAAGAAGCUCAGAAAUCCCUAUGCCAUCGACAAUAAUGAGCUGCUAGACUUCCUCUCCAGGGUACCAUCUGAUGUUCAAAAGGUGCAGUAUGCAGAGCUGAAAGUCUGCAGCAGCCAGAGCCCCCUUCGGAAGAAGCGCAGCGCUCUCUAGGACACACACCAGCCUUGGACACCAGCCCCCGAUUCCCUGUUGGGUUGAUUAGACCAACGCUGUCUCUGUUUCCGUGGUGGUACCCAUGGUGUCAUUCUGAAAUGCGUGCUGUGCGGAGCCCUCCCUGUACUCUCCCCGCUUCUCCGCGUGCGCCGAUGCACACACGUGUGUGCACAUCCACACACAUGGGUGUGCUGGUGGCUUAGUGGCUCGGCCCGUCAGAAGGAAACAAUCCAGUGACUGUGGAAGACUGUGAGGUGCCUUCUCAAACAGGAGGUAAAGCAAAGCGGCCAGGGGUCUGAACGGCUGGGAGACCACCUGGAUGCAAGAGCGACUCUGAACUUGUUUUCCUACCUCCAACAGAGUCUCCUUAAGAUUCAGUUGUUUCCACUUCCGUUCACACACUCCUUUCAGAUUAUUGUGCAUGUGGUCCGUUUCUUUCCCUGAGUUCACAAGUCUUUGGUAGUAGCCAUCAUCUCCCCAACUAGUGUCUCUUAUAAAUAGAUUUUUAAGUAAUUACCAGGAUUCACCCAAGUCUUUGGCAGUCAUUCCGCCAUGGUUACUGAAGGCGUGUGUGUACAAUGGCAGUCAGCUGACCGCAUCGCGCUCCACUGUGGGCCGUGGAAGGCUCGGGAAGGUCGGAAGGGACCACUCAUCCAAAAAGUGAAGGUUUCAUGAGGGUAUUUGGUGGCCUUCCAAACGCCAUGUCUUCUGACUUGACUUUGCUUAUUUCCAAAAUAAAAUGUCAAUAUUAGAGCUUCAGAGAGAGGGGGGAUGAAGGAAUGAAUUCCGACAGUAGUCAGGAAGACAGAUAAAGGCUGAGGAGCAAGGGAUUUACUAAUGACUAUGGCUGCUUUCCCUGAUUGUCAUAAUCACUGUAUUUGCCUGCCUUUUUGAGCAGAAAGUAAAAAUAACUCAGCUGUCCAAAUUGAUCUUUUGUUCCUGAACAAGAUAAGCUACACAUAAUGCAUAUAUAUCUCAGAACCCCGUUCCUAGAAAAGCACCACCCCAAGGUUGUCUUGAAGAAUAGCAGAUUCCUUCAGACCCCACCAUUUCAUAGUACCCCCCCAAGUAAACACCCUGAUUUUAUGCAUAUAUAAAAUACACGCAAGUAUCUUUCUGUUCAACUGAUAUUUAAGUUGUAAAGACUGUAUUUUGUUGACACAUACUUUGUGCGGUUAUAUAUAUAUAUAUAUAUAAAAUACAUAUACAUAUAUAUAAAAUACAAAUACAUAUAUAUAUAUAUAUAUAUAUGUAUUGUAAAGAAAAGUUGAGGUAAAAAGACCUGAUUUAAUAGUGGUUUUACUAUUUUUUUGCUCUCUGGGUUGUAAUUUAAUAAUCUUCAAGCAAAAUGUUUAUGAAAAAUGCCAAAGAUUCUGAACCUUAUCAUCCCGUGUCUGUUUUUCUUCAUAUUAUAUCUUCCUGGGUUUCUUUCUGGCUGAGCCAGAUUUCUGCAUGAUUUGAUUUGCUUCAAGUUAAUGAAGCUGGCUGGAAAAGAGCCUUGCAGAAAUUAUAAAAGCUCCAGUAAAUCUCUUAGUUGUACAUACAAUAGAUAUCCAAGAACCUCUUUUGUUAAACCAGUUACUCAAUCUUCUGUGUAAACAAUGCCUCAUUGUCUCACCCCCAACUAUCAUGUAGUUUAUCACAGUCUGUCAUUUUGUAACGACCUAAGUCAGACAUUUUCAAACAGACAUGUGAGAUCUGAUCAGUCAUUUGAAUGAAAACUUUCAGCAGCAAAAUAACCCUUUAUUUAUUUAAGAGUGGAACCGAUACUUUAUUGUUGUUCUUUUGCUAUACAAUUUCAAAAUGAAAUAAUUUGUCCAACAAGAAGGCAUCAUUAGUUAGGCUUAUUCCCUCUACAGCCCAGUGGGAAUUCUGAGCAUUAAGUUUAGGACAUAGCAGCUGGGCUACAAGAGCAGGACUGAAGCAACCUUUAAAAACUGUAAAUGGAAAACAAUUGUUAAUUGAUUAAGUAGACUUUGAACGUUAAAAAAUGUUCGUUGUAAGGGAAAUGUGAAGAUUAAUAGAAGAACUCGAACUCAUACGAAAGCUUCCAGAAUGUUAUUUAGAUAAAAUUUAUGGAUUGUGGAUUCACAGUAUGAUAAUUAAAGGUAAUUUAGUAGGAAUGUUGAAGUUUAGCCAAGCUCUCCUGGUUCUCAAACCUCACACUCCCGUUUCCAGCUCUGUCUGGAUGUCUUAUAGAGAUUUCUACCUCAGUGGGUCAGAAACUCUGUUAUCUCUCCCUCUAUGUUUUCAGGACCCUUAAACCCAUAGUCAUUCUCCUUCUAGCUUCCUUAUUUCCCUUACUGGCACUCGCAUCUUCUAGGCUGGGAGGCACUGGGCAUCCCGUUUUUUGUUCCUCGUGGGUUUUUUUUCCUCCCACCUCCCACUCUCAACCCAUAAACUUGUAGAUCGAGUGUCGCCGUGUUAUCUUUUCCAUUUCAAUUUUGUCCAUUUCUGAUCACCACCCCCUAAGCCACAGCCUCCAAAACCUCUUAUGAGACUUCGUGAUGGUGCCGAUUACAUUACACCAGAUUAAUCCCCAUCCCGACUAUUCUUUUCACUAGGAACACUUUCUCACGAGUGUCUGUAGAAAUAAAUUCCACUCUCUUUUAAAAUUUUCAGAAGGUUCCUGACCCAAAUAGGAUUUCUUUCAUUUCCUUGGCUGAAUUAGAUUCCACACUUCUCUCUUGCACCCCCCCCCAACAUCUUUCAUAUCUUUCUGGCAUUUGCCAUAUUCUGCGAUAGCCCAUUGUUACCAGAGGCUUUGACUCCCUCUGUCCUCUACUGGGUAGACCAUCCUGUCUGGAACCUAAUAGACACUCAGGAAAUACAUGAUUAAUUGAUUGGGUCAUAGUCAGUUUUCUUCUCUGCCCUUUCAUGUAUACAGAAGGCCGAGAUGGGCAGAUUAGUGUGGUCUAUCAGAGGAAGUAAUUUCUGGUAUUUAACACACAGCCUAGACCGUGUGAUAUUAUUUGUAAACUUCGGCCAUGUCAACUCUAAACUUUUCAAUGAUGUCUUAUAUUGGAGAAGUCAUUACCUACAUAUCGCAAGAAAAUAUUAUUUGUGCAUGGUAAAACAAACAAGAACGAAAACUUUGAUUUUUCUUCUUCUAAUUUAUCAUUUAAUGAACAUAUAUGGAAUGCUGAUGAUCUACCUGAACAAAGCAGACUGCAUUCCCUUGGUAGAGCCAGACAUGAAACAGAUACUUUUGAAAAGUGGCAUGACAUCUGCAGAUUCAAGUUUUAAAAAGAGUAUUCUGGCUGCAGUGGGUGGACCAACAACUAUGAAUGUUCAAAGAAGAGCUAAUUUGAAUAAUCUUGAUAAACUGAUGGUCACCAGGACCUUCAAAUAUUGUCACUGGAAAAAAUUACAUGUGAAAUUGUGAGACGGUUAGGAGGAAAAAUGAGUGGGACUUCUCAGUUGCUUGACUAUGGGGUGAGAGAGUGAAUAGAAUUCAAGAUGGCACUCAGUGUUCUCAUCUUUGGGUCCAGGAAGACGGUAUGGUGUGCUAAGAGAGAAUUAUAGGAGCAGCCAUGAGAGGAACAGCAUGAGCCCAGUUUUAGACGAUGUUGAAUUUGAAGUACCUGACAAGCCUCUAAAUGGAGAUCUCAGGGGCCUGGGUGGCACAGUCAUUAAGAGUCUGCCUUUGGCUCAGGGCGUGAUCCCAGCGUUCUGGGAUCGAGCCCCACAUCAGGCUUCUCCGCUAGGAGCCGGGUUCUUCCUCUCCCACUCCCCCUGCUUGUGUUCCCUCUCUCGCUGGCUGUCUCUCUCUCUGUCAAAUAAAUAAAUAAAAUCUUUAAAAAUAAAUAAAUAAAUGGAGAUCUAAAAAGGGUAACAAUAUAUGGAUAUGGAGCUGAGAAAAGAAAUGCACUAUACUUGAAGGAGAUAUACAUAAGGGCCAACGUUCAUAGAAACGAGUGAAGCUACAUGCUUCAAGAAAUGGACCCCACACUCAAAAAGUUCUAUAAAAACAAGUCAGCUAAAGCUAAAUAGAUAUGUUAAAUAAGAGAAAAGCAGUAAGCAUGUACUGUCAUUGAAUUCAAUUGGUAAAGUGUGUUUCAAGAAAGAAGGUGUGGUCUAUAAUGCUCAAUAGCACUGAGAUCACAUCGGUUGAGGACAGCAUGAUGACCUUUACUGAAUGGCAUGGCAACUUGUGGGGAUCUUGGCAAUGAAUUGUUUCUGUAGAGUGGUAGGAAAGGAAACCAGAUUUGGGUUGAGAAAUGAGUGGACCUAGAAAAAUGGAGCCCACAUGGAAGUACCCCUUGAAAAAUUCCACUAGAAGGAGAGGAGAGAGAGCACAGGAACUCAGAAUGGAAGAAGGUGGCUGGAAUUAUUAAGAGAAAAAAGUAGAUGUGUCAUGAACUCAGUGUGCACCUGUUAGUAAGAAAGAAUUCUUCAUGAGUACGAGAUGGAGUGCUCUGUAUCAUCAUUUAAAACUGUGCUCUGUCAAAACCAACCUGUCUUUUGUAUAGUAGUAAUCCAACUUUUAUGGGAGUAAAGUGGCUGGGAAGUCAAAAUAGAAUAUCUUCUGAAAAUAUUAUGAGUAGUCAAUUGAUCAUUGGAUGAAUGUUGAAAGGUGACAUCUAAAGAAUGGCUUGCCUACCCCGCUGUUCUGGUGUAUUAAUGUAGUGAUUUACAUGGGGAAAUGGAUAGUCAAGCACAGAAGAAUAGCUAGCAUUUUACGGUAUUUAUUAAAUGCCAGGUACUUUGUAAGUGCUUUAGAUGUAAUAGCUCAUUUAAUUAACAACAGCAAAACUAUGAAAUUCCUCUAAAUAUUUAUGGAAAGAAUAACCAAUUCCAUUCAAAUUCUCCCAGGAAAUAAUAAAAAUUAAAAAGAUAAUAACACUUUUCUACAUAUUUUAUGAAGCCAGUAUAAUCCUCAUUCCCAAAUCCAGCAAAGUGUUACAAGAAUGGAAAAUUACUUACCAAAGUCCCUUAUGAAUAUAGAUAUAAAAUUAUGAAAGAUAUCUAAGCUUCUACAAUGAAAACAUGAUGGAGAGAAAGAAGAUAAAUAAACGUAGGGUUUCAUGGAUUAGAAGUUUCAAUAUAUUAAGAUGUCAAGAGAUUAAAUAUAAGCCCAAUAAAAAUUACAAGGUGUUUUUUACAAAAAUUAACCAGCUGAUUCUAAAAUGUACAUGGAAAUGCAAGAAUCCAAGAACAGUCCAAGCAAUCUUGCAGGUGAUUAACAUUGGCAGAUAACAAGAUGUGUUAUAAAGUUAUUGUAACUAGACAAUGUGCUACGGGCACAAGCGUAGACAGAUUAAAGAAAUAGAAAAGACUGGAAGGACACCCAUGCGUAUUUGGUAACCUGUGACCUAAUUUAUGUCAAAGAUGACAUAUUUUCAGUGUGGGGCAACAUACAGUGUAGGGAAAAAAACCUUUUGAAAAAUGACCCUGGGUCACUGAAAUAUCCGCAUGAAUAAAAUAAAUAUUGACUCCUUCCUUAUACUUACAAAAAUCAAUUCUGUGUGAAUUACAGAUCCAAAAGUAGAAGACAAAGUAAAAGAUUUCAGAAAAAGACGUAGGAAAAUGUCUUCACAUCUAUGCGAUAAGCAAAGAUGUCUUAAGCUGCUAACAGGAUGCUAAUCAUAAUGAGAAAAUACUGAUAAGCUGGAGAUCAUUGAACUUAAUUUUUUCCUCAAAAAGUAUGAUUAAGAGAGUAAACGGAUAAGCCACAAAGUGAAAGAAAAUAUGUAAUCUCAAUAUAUAAUCUGAUAAUUCUAUCCAGAAUACAUAAAAUUUUUCUACAAAGAAAAGGCAGAAAACCCAGUAGAAAAAGGGGCAAAAGACUUGAACAGGCACUUCACAGAAGAGCCUAUCCCAAUGGCGAGCAAACAUAUAAAAAGGUGCUCAGCAUCCCUAGUCAUCAGGCAAAUGCAAAUCAAAACCACAAAAUGAUACACCUGUACAUAGCCAAAAUGGCUAAAAUGAAAAAGUCAAUAUUAAGUGUCUGUAAGGAUGUGGAAAAACGAAUUCCUAUAUACUAUUAGUGGGUGAGAACAUACAUUGGUACAAAGGCUUUGGAAUACUUUGGUAAAGUUUUGGUAAAGCUAACCAUGUGGAUACCCUAUGACCCUUCCCCCAGUUUCGCUCUUAGGUAUAUAACCUGACAGAGUUGUGCAUACAUUCAAUACAAGACAUGCCCAAGAAUAGUUAGAGCAGCACUACUGGUAUAAUUGCAAAAACAGCAACAGUAUAUAUUCUUCUGUAUCUGAGAUGAUCAGUGACUUGGGACUCUACAAUGGAAAACCAUACAGAAAUGAAAGGAAGAACUAAGGUUGCAUGCAACAACAUGGAUAUUUCACAAAUAAUGUUCAACCAAAGAAACAAGACAGCACAAAUACAUGCAAUGCGAGAUUUCAUUUACGUGAAGUUCAAGCACAGAACAACACAAUCUAUGUUGUUAAAAGUCUGGAGGUGUAGCGGCUAAAAAGCCGUAAGUGGAAUUUCUGGGAUGAUGUCAAGGUUUGGUCAUUUUGGUCUGGAUUCUAGUUACAUCAACUUGUUGACUUUGUGAAAUUCACUGAGCUGUAAACUUACAACUUGUAUAAUUUUCUGCAUGUUUACUAAGAGGAAAGAAGAAAAAUUAUGAAGCAUGGCCAUUUUAUUCCUAAUUUACAAUAAAAGAAACUGAGGCUGAUUACUGUUAGUAUUUUAAACAUGAAAGAAGAAGAGCACUAAUCCAAAUAAACAUUUUAAAUUGUGCAAGAGUUGGGAGUCAUUUUAAACAAACCCAAAAUGGACAGUUCCUCAAUAAUCUCAUUGCGUUUGAAUACUCAAUGAUGUCUCACAAAUCAGUCGUCAUUUUGAAAAGAUCUUCAUUACAAGGAGUACAAAAAGUGACUUCCUCUAACUGAUCAUCCACAUAAGUGCUUUACAUGAGCAAAUUGGACCUUGAAGUGUUGCAGAAAGUUCUUUCUUUUGAGGCAGCUGGGUGGCUCAGUCAAUUACGCAUCCAACUCUUGGUUUUGGCUCAGGUCAUGAUCUCAGGGUCGUGAUCUCAGGGUUGUGAGAUGGAGCCCCGUGUUGGGUUCUGUGCUCAGUGUAGAGUCUGCUUGGGAUUCUUUCCUCCUCCGUCUUUCUCUCCCGCUGGUUCUCCCCCAACUCAUGCUCGCACUCUCUCUCAAAUAAAUAAAUAAAUAAAUAAAAUAUUUUGAAAAAAUGUUUUCUCUUUUUACAGGUUAUACUUAACAUUCAUUGAACCUGACAAUGCACGUAGUUAAGUUUUUUGGGGAGUCAAAAGUUAUACCGGGUUUUUCCACUGCCCAGAGGGUCAGUGUUCCUAAACCCCUGAAUGGUUCAAGGUUCAACUCUACACACAUACACAUGUAUUCCUAAAUUUUUUUUAAAUUUCACAUAUCUCUAAAAAUUGAUCUGUAGAUUCCAAUUAAGAACCCGAGAACCUGUGUUUUCAGGCAAAACAUUCAGAGUUUGCCUCUUGCUCCAUUUGACACCUUCGGUGGAGGAUGUGUUUUUCUAGAAGCCCAAUGUCAGUAGGCUGCUCAGUGCCAGCCUUCAAUUCAUUCAUUAUUCAAUCCAGCUUUUUUCUGGGAAACGUUUUAUUAGGCUAGUCUUUACAGCUGAGAAAUCCUGAGAUUUCAAUUUGCUUUCCAUUCCUUUAAUUCAUUACAAUAAUACAUACAAGCUUCUCUUCUCCAUGUAUUUUCAUUAUCAGAUCAAAGCAACUGGUUGGAAAAGCAAAGACAUGUGGAAUCAUUUGUUCAACUGCAUAAUGAAUAGCUGGCAUAACUGAUUUCAUAACUGCAUCUACCAGAUAAAUUGUGAUGUGCAUAGUGGUAAAGGCCAUGGUUGUUUUUUUUUUUUUGUCUUAUUUUGUUCUGUUCUGUUUUGUUUUUACCUCAAAAAAUCUGCACAAGCUGGAGAAGUGAUCCAGCAAAAAAAAGUUAACAGGGACAAGUAGAAUGUUCUUUUUACAAUGAAAGGGGACAGCAGAUUUUUUUUUCCUAAUUGAGGCAUGGAUCACCUGCAUUGUAUGUCUACUGCACGUGGGGCUGGGCCCAGGGAGAGAAUGGGGUUUGCUGAACAAAUGAGAGACAGAGUCUUUCUGGCUUUUUGAAAGGGUUGGACAGCAGUGGCAAGUUGUACAGAGUGCCAUGAUCCUGGGCAGAACUGAGCUCACACGGGGAGAGACACAGGCAUGUGUUAUGUCCAACUCUGAAAGUUUUGCCCUAGACUAUGUUUUUUGUCACCCUCAAUCUCAGCAACUUGUGCCCCGGGGGACUUGGAAGGGCAACCCAAAGCGUGACUCUGAUCAGAGAAGCCUCUUAUCAUGUAAGAAUAGCCUUUCUUCUUUUCAUAAUACAGUAUAUUCCAUUUUAAAAUCACCUAAAAUGUUUGUGUAUUUUUUCUCUCUUCCAAACCAUUAAUAAAGAUGUUAAAACAGC